CUGCGGAGAUUCCCGACAUAGAAGGCACAGAGGCGCUGCUAUCCGUAGGACUGGAUCGUCUAGGCCAUGGUACAUGUCUCCAUUGCGAUCAUGGCGGCAGUGAGAACCUUGUUGCCAUGGUAUCCAAAGGACGAUUUCCUCUAGAGGCAUGUCUAACAUCGAAUGUCAAGUGUCGCACAGUGACCUCUUACUCUGACCACCACUUCCUGUAUUGGUUUUCACGUGGACAUCCGCUCUGUAUUUGUACGGAUGACAAGGGUGUGUUUGCCACCACUUUGUCUGAAGAGUACCUUCAUGCGGCCAACGCGUUCAAUCUCAGUAAGGCACAGCUGCUCAGCAUUUCUCGUGGUGCCAUCGAUUUGAUUUUCGCCGACGACGCUGUCAAGGCCUCUCUGCACGAGCAGUGGGAAGCGUUUAAAUGAAAAGACGUUUUGCAUCGUUCAGUCCGAGUUCGUGGAUUAAGUCUUGCAGUAAGGCUGGUCUGCCAUGCUCUCCUUUCUUCUCCAC